AUUAGUGCAAGCAAGAUGGUUCUCGGUCGUGUGCAAUUCCCUUUUUGUGUGAUAUUUGUUCUUCAAACUUUAUUGUAUUGUGAUGGUCAAAUAGAACAAAAGAGUUAUGGCCCAAUGCCACCGCCGCUCCCAUUUCCUACAUGCCGGGCUGACCACAUCGACUGCCUGCGCCGAAGUCUCAGGACUUUCUUUUUCCUAAUGGACUCCGGUCACUUUGGCAUGCAGCCUGUGGACCCCGCCAUUAUAAAUAGUGUAGCCCUGGCUUUACCAGAACAGCACACGUCAUUUUCCCUGAGAAGGGUCAACGUUACUGGCGCCAGGUGGACAAAACUCGUCGAAAGGAGAUUUAACUUAGAAGGUGGCAAAAGUGGUGUCAUAUUCAGUAGUGACUUGCAUUUGACAGGCCAAAUAAGUAUGGAAGUAGCUGGAAGACAAGAACCUCAUAACGCCUACAUAACUAUGGAUAUUCAUGGCGCGGAGAGCAACAUAACUUACAUUGGAACCAUACUGCGGGGUAUUGAUAAUGAGGAUUACAUUGCAAUCGGUCCAGAGAGGAUAGCUGUCAGGAAUAUGCCAACGUAUUUUUUGCAACCAAAUUCUGACGAUUCUUACAUAAUUGAUGAAGCAUUACAACAGAAACAAUCCAUCCUGGAUCACUUCUCAAAUGAGAUCACGGCAGCAUUGAUGCAUUCCAUUGUAGAUAAUUUUAGAUUAUUCUCUGCUAAAGUACCAAUUAAACAUUAUUACAAAUAUUAUAACAAGUAAUGUUUCUUAUCAACAUAAUCCACAUACAGUUCCGCAAUUAUGAAUAAAAAUUUUAAAUAAGAACAAUAA